AUGUCUGAGGCUGAGAGGAAAAAGUUGACGGUGCCCAAGUUCUCGUCAUUUAAACCCAAAACUGCGGCCCCUACGCCUCCCAACAUCACAGAUUCGCGCAAUCACAAGGAUGAUGAUGAUGAAUAUGUCAGGGAGAAACGGCCUCGCCACGAGUCCCGACAUCACCAUGACCGUGCGAAACUUCGCUCAGAGCACCGUCACCACCAUCGCAAAGGCAGUCACGGCCGUAGUCAGGAACAGCCGCUGGUUGAGAAGCCAGACAUGCCCAGAGCCCUAGACGAAAAGGCCACUGAGAGCAACUUCUACUUCGAUAAAAAGGGCGACCCUUUGAUCAGGAGAUACGGUGGCAACGAUCGUUCGCGCGUGCCAAUAUACCAUCGUGGAUACCGUGGACGUGUGCUCGGCUCCGAUGGCUACUUGGUCGUUCAUAGAGAUGGUCCGCAGGAGCGCUUUAGCAUUCGAAUGCCUGGAGAAGGUAGUUCGACCUGGAGAGAUAGGGCACUGUUCCAAGCCAAGGUUCAUCGAGGCAAGCCGAAGCGCAUACGACUACGGGAUCAAACCAACAAAAUCGAAUCAUGCGGCGCUGAGGAAGAUUUUGUUCCACUGAGUACUUCCACGAAGCGACGACGCACCGAGGAGUCAGAGUCCUCUGGGAACGAAAGACCCUCUUACCGAUCCAUCGAGGGCAAGGCCAAGGCCCACGAGUUUUCCGACAGCGAUAUCGACUUUGACUCCGAUUCCCAAGCGGAGAUAGAUCUUGAUAUGGAUAAUCCCCUCAAGCAGCGCUCGGUUCAACUAUCCCGCCUAGUCAAAGAACACCCCGAGAACAUUGAGGCUUGGCUUGAGCUCAUCAAGCAUCAGGACGUACUCUUGAACGCUGGGCAAAGCUUGGAUAGAGAUGUAACAAAAGCUGAAGUUCACAGCUUCGCAGAGAUCAAGAUAUCAAUGUUCGAGUCUGCAUUAGCUCAAGCGAAGAAGCCUGAGGAUGAAGAGCGGCUGUUGCUCGGCCUAAUGCUCGAGGGCUCCAGAGUUUGGUCGACCUCGAAACUUGACAAUCGCUGGGAGGAAGUGGCGAAGAAACACGACUCAAGUUUUUGCCUGUGGAAAUCCAGGGUCGACCACAAACUCACAAGCAUGUCAACGUUUCAGUAUGCUGAGAUCAAGGCUAUGCAUAUCAACCGACUGCGGGCUGUUUCCAAGCAAGGCAAGGUCUCCGCGUCACCCGAUCCGGGCCAUUCGACAAAUUGUUCAGACACCUCACGCUAUGAGCAGAUGAUAUUCGUGUUUCUUAGGGCCACGAGAUUUGCAUACAGUGCUGGCUUCCGCGAGUUGGCGAUUGCUGCAUGGCAGGCACUCCUUGAGCUGAACCUACAACGACCCUCAAACUUCGAUGAUAGGACGCCAUCACAAAUAAUCGACUCCUUCAAAGACUUCUGGGAGGAUGAAUCCCCACGUAUAGGGGAGAAGAGUGCUUUUGGCUGGGACUACUACGUCCGGGCAAGCGGGGCUGUCGAUCUCGCAGAACCAUGGAGAGACGAAGGUUUCAUACAAGGGUCUCGGGACGUUUAUAAGUCCUGGGGUGCGACUGAGCGGCUUCGAGCAACGAACGCGAGAACCCCAGCACGAGCCACGGAUGAUGUCCCUGAAGAGGACCCAUACCGCGUUGUAAUGUUUUCUGAUAUCGAGGAGAUGCUCUUCAUCAUACCUUCAGGGGUCGUUCCUACCAUUUGGAAACAGCUCGUCGAUGCGUUCCUACUGUUUUGCUGCCUGCCCCCGGCGUUUCGGACGAGUGGGUGGACGGAAGCAGCGGAGAACGAUAUGCUGGUCGUAGGGAGCAUGAGCCUCUUUGAGAACGAUGUCCUCCUGAAGCCCAAUGAACCUGAUGUCAUGGACGAGUCCAAAAAGACACCAGUAUUCAGACAAGACGGAUCUCGGUUUGCAGCGUCGCCUGAUCUACUCUUUGCCGGCUCUGACUGGUUUUCGCCUUUUUCCGGCUGGACAAGCACAUCAAAAACAUUGGAUGGGCCAGUAGACCUGACCUGGCUUGCCAAUGCUCUUCGGUUGUUGGCGAGCUCGAAGGGACUUGGGGAGCUGGCUGAAUAUUCGUUGUCGAUCGAAGCUAUCAAUGACCCCGGCAGCAUAAAGAAGCGUGCCAAAGCGUUCAUCAAGCAAGACCCUACCAACCUGAGAUUAUACAAUGCAUACGCUCUUGCUGAGGUUGCCUACGGAAGACAAGAAGUUGGCCAACAGGUUGUCGCAUCAGCUACUGGACUGAUCUCUACCUCAAACAGCAGUGGCGGGCUGAUGCUAUGGAGGACGUGGGCCUGGAUGGACCUCAAUGCUGGAAAUAACGUACAAGCUAUUGCGCGUUUAUGUGCGGCAACGGAUGGCGCGCUUAAAGAUGCCGUGGUUGCGGCCCCCUCUCAGCUUCUCAAAGCACACCAGUCAUUCUUGGCCAGCCUGGAAAGCCAAAUAUUAAGUGGAAAACUAGAUGAUGCCAUCGUCACCGCCGAAUGCCUUGCACUACUCGUAUAUCUCACGUCACAAGAAGGUUCCGAACCAACGUCUGAAGCGCAAGGAAGCAUCUCAGCUGCAAUGGAAAGGAUAUGGACCUUGUCUUCGGAGUUUUGUACCCGAGGUCAGUCCAUGUCUCCAACACACGAGAGACUUUUGCAAGCUGGUGCAAGGCUUCUGUACCAUCAUGCCAGCCGGGGACCGUUCCGUCGUGCCUAUCUGAGGGAACAGCUCAGUCAGUUCAUCGAGCUUUUCCCACGCAACACAAUGUUCAUCAGUCUCUUCUCCUGGGCAUCGACCACGUUUGGCAUCGAUGACCCUGUUCGUGACAUCCUUCGCAAGGUUGCCUUCGCAAACGGUAAUGACUGCAUCAGCAACCGCGUUUUUGCAGUCCGCUACGAAUUGCAAAAAGGAAACGUGCAUUCUACACAAGCAGCCUUUGAGCGGGCACUUAACACUCCCGCAUGCAGGUCCAACCCGGAUAUCUGGCGAUGCUAUAUCAAAUUCAGCUACGCCAGGAAGCAGUUCAGGGCCAAGGCAAAGGACGUCUUCUUCAGGGGCCUAAGGCAUUGCCCAUGGUCUAAGGACCUUGCUCUUGAGGCGUACACGACGCUCAUCAAUGUCAUGGAUGAGUUUGAACUCAGAGCUGUCUUCAACACCAUGUCGUCCAAGGGGUUACGGGUACACGUCGACUUGGACGAAUUCGUAGCCAAUCACAAGGAGACGAGGGCUAUGUAUGGUUAA